AUGCUCUACUUUUCGCUUUGCCUGAGUUUUAAUUCUUCCUUCAGGAAUUCUUUCUUUCUUUCUGAUCUCUUCGCCAUUUCUUUUCUUCUAUUUCGCUCUCUAAUUCCUUUUCAUUAUUUCUUUUCUAUUCGUCUGUUUUCCUUUCUAACUUUUAUUUCUUUAUUCAGCGUUUUCUUUCUUUUCUUUUUUCCCCCUGUUUCUUUCUGUGUUAACGUAAUUUGUUUUCUUCACAAUUUAGCCAUUUCUUUACUCCUCCUUCCAACCUUUUACUUGUUCCUUCACCUUUUUGCUUCUUCAUUCCACCAUUUUUUCUUUUCCCUCGAACCUUUACUUAUUUCAUCAUCAUUUUCUUUCUUAUAUUUUUCCUCUUUCAUUUGUAAAAUAUUUGGCAUAAUUCAGAAUUUCAUAAUUCGCACUAUAUUCUUCUUUUUCCUUCGUACUGAAACACUUUUCGUUCUUUCUUUCUUUCAUUUUUCUUUCUUUCUUUCUUUCUUUCUUUCAUUUUUCUUUCUUUAUUUCUUCCGUUCUUUCUUUCUUUCUUUCAUUCAUUCUUUCUAUCUUUCUUUCUUUCUUUCUUUCUUUCAUUUUUCUUUCUUUAUUUCUUUCUUUUUUCUUUCUUUCAUUCUUUCUUUCUUUCUUUCUUUCUUUCUUUAUUUCUUUCGUUCUUUCUUUCUUUCACUCACUUUCUGCACUACGACCUCAUUUAUUUACUUGUUAAUUUAUCUAUAUUCGGACUCACUCCUUCUCCCUCCUUCUUACUAUACUUUCAUUCUUCCUUCUCUUGUUUCUUUCUGUGUUUGUUCAUAUAUAUUUUUCCCACUCGCAGACGUGAACUUCAUUUCAUUCCACAUUUUUUCUAUCUAUCUAUCUAUCUAUCUAUCUAUCUAUCUAUUUAUCUAUCUAUCUAUCUAUCUCUUUUUAUGUCUGUCUAUCUAUCUAUUUAUCUAUCUAUCUCUUUUUAUGAGUAUCUAUCUAUAUAUCCCUUUUUAUGACUAUCUAUAUAUCUAUCUAUCUCUUUUUAUAUCUAUCUAUUUCGUUUUAUGUCUGUCUGUCUAUCUAUCUAUUUGUCUAUCUGUUUUUAUAUCUAUCUCUCUAUUUAUCUAUCUCUUUUUAUGUCUGUCUGUCUAUCUAUUUAUUUUUAUGACUAUCUAUCUAUCUAUCUAUCUAUCUAUCUUGGUCUCUUUAUGUCUGUCUAUCUAUUUAUCUAUUUAUCUUUCUGCUUUUAUAUCUAUCUAUCUAUCACUUUUUAUGUCUGUCUAUCUAUCUAUCUCUUUUUAUGAUUAUCUAUCUAUCUAUCUAUCUUUCUCUUUUUAUGUCUAUCUAUCUAUCUAUCUCUUUUUAUAUCUAUCUAUCUAUCUAUCUAUCUAUCUAUCUAUAUCUUUUUAUGUCUAUUUAUCUAUCUAUCUUGGUCUCUUUAUGUCUGUCUAUCUAUUUAUCUAUCUAGCUAGCUAA